CUGUCCACACCCAGGUUCUAGCGGACUGCACAGCGCGGAGGAUGGGGCCCAGCUCUACUCCUUUGUAGGAGCCGGCAAGGCUUCUGAGGUUGCUUCAAGAGGUCCGGUUUUCCUCACGGCCGGAUGGCGGCGGCAAUGGACGCGGCGCGGGUGUUGGUGACUUUCAAAGAUGUAUCUGUGACCUUCACCCAUGAAGAGUGGAGACAGCUGGACCUGGCCCAGAGGACCCUGUACCGGGAGGUGAUGCUGGAAACCUGUGGGCUCCUGGUUUCUUUAGGGCAUCAGGUUCCCAAACCAGAGCUGAUCCACCUGCUGGAGCAUGGACAGGAGCUGUGGACAGUGAAGAGAGGCCUCUCCCACAGCACCUGUGCAGGUGAAAGAGCACAACUUCAGACGAGAGAGCCAACCCCUUGUCUGCCAGUUUUAUCUGAGGAAGCCUUUUUCCUGGGAAGUUUGACUCUGGGAUCGUCAAAAAACUCCAGACUGGGGAAAUCCAGGGACCAGGGAGGGCUUUUAGAAAUGCAGAAAGAUCAAGUGAAGCCAGGGACAGACCCUCACAAGGAGACCUAUCCUGAGAAAAUGAGCCUUGAAGAUAAAGGUUUGGGGACAGAUGAUAAUCUGCACUGUGGGGUAUCUCUUGGAGAUAUUCUCCUUGAAAAUGACUCACAGCAAACAAGGAAAGACACCACCUUGAUUCAUGCCAGGACAAACCCCUACAAAUGCAAGCAGUGUGGGAAAUGUUUUAGCCGGAAGUGGUAUCUUGUACGACAUCAGCGGGUUCACACUGGAAUGAGGCCCUAUGAAUGCAAUGCUUGUGGGAAAGCUUUUAGCCAGAGUUCAACUCUCCUGCGGCAUUACCUAAUCCACACUGGGGAGAAACCAUACAAAUGCCUAGAAUGUGGGAAGGCCUUCAAACGCAGGUCAUACCUCAUGCAGCACCAUCCGAUCCACACUGGAGAGAAGCCCUAUGAGUGCAGUCAGUGUCGAAAAGCUUUCACUCACCGCUCUACUUUUAUUCGCCAUAAUAGGACCCACACUGGAGAAAGACCCUUUGAGUGCAAAGAAUGUGGUAAAGCCUUUAGCAACAGGGCACACCUAAUUCAACACUACAUCAUUCACACUGGAGAGAAACCCUAUGAUUGCAUGGAGUGUGGAAAAGCCUUCAGAUGCAGCUCAGAGCUCAUGCAGCACCAGCGGAUUCACACUGGGGAGAAGCCCUAUAAAUGCACCCAGUGCGGGAAAGCAUUUCAUCGAAGCACGUACCUCAUUCAGCACUCUGUCAUCCACACUGGGGAAAUGCCCUACAAGUGCAUUGAGUGUGGCAAGGCCUUCAAACGCAGGUCACACCUUCUGCAGCACCAGCGGGUCCAUACUUGAGAGAAGCCCUAUUAGUUCAGUGACCAUAGAAAGGCCUUCAUCUACUGCUUAUCCUUCCCUCCUCAUGGGAGGAACCCACCCUCUGAGUACUAAGAAUGUUGGGAAGUUUAUUUUUUGCCAGCUCUUCCUCAACUAAAUGCACUAGUCAACACUGGGGAGAAGACCUUUGAGUGCAGUGAAUGUAAGGUGCCUUCAGUCACUGCCCACCCCUUACCCAUAACAGAGGGAUUCAUACCAGAGAGAAAAACAGAAGGCAUUCCACUUGCAUCACCACUAAAGAACUUGUGCUAGAAAAAGACAUUUGGAUUUGGCCAAAAGAAAAAGCUCACAAGCUAGCUAAGAAUUCAUAAUGAAGAAUUAUUGCAUAAUUGUCAUCACUGUAAGAGAACUUUCUGUGACCAGAUCAUCACUUGUCAUAUAAAGAACCAUACUGGAAUUUGACUCACCUUGGGAUUUACUCUACAAAUUUAUAGAAGCCUUCAGUCACAGGUAUCUCCUUGGUUUACAUGGGAGAUGUAAGGAAAAAUAAAUAUCUUUAUAAACUCAAGACUUCCCUGCAAGCCUGUUAGUUUUUAUUUCUUUGUAGGGGAGAUGUUUUGAGAGAUAGUGUCUCGGCCCUUUGUGUCUUAUAUACAUUCACUGCUAUCCUGUGUUAGGAGAGUUGGACAACAAGGGCAGUUCAUCUAGCAUUUUCUGGAAGCCG